AUGUCAUCCAACGCUCUUCGCACGCCUGGCACUAUUGACAGCAUCCCGCCAGAAGUACUGGACAACAUACUUGAGGGAGCGAUCCCUUAUCACGGCACCCCCCUGCGUCUUAGCCACGUCUGCAGGCUCUGGUACAGACGCUGCCAACACGCCACUCUAUGGACGACUAUAACCUGUAGUCAAUCCAUCGACUUGGCGAACGCAGCAAUCCUCCGGUCCGGAACAGAGUCGCUCGACAUUUCGCUAUCUUACUUCCCUCGCCACAACUACGUUCCCGAACGCGUACGCCAUACAGUGUGGCUCGUCACGAGGCACAUCCAUCGCAUCAGGAGCAUCGAAUGUUACGCAGAGAAGGAGGUUCUAGAGGCAUCCUGCCAGGGCAUGGGAUUCGCUACGCACGACGUCCUUGCGCCCAGACUGCGCGUUCUUGACAUCCAGUCUGGCGCGGACAACGCCUUCUUCCACCUGCUGCGUUCUGUACGCGCACCCGCUCUCGUAAACGGCACCGCCUUCGCCUCAAGGGCCUUCGCGCACGGACUCCUUAACUCGUGGAGAGGUCAAUACCUUCAGACCCUCUACCUCGAAGACGUCGAGGGGGUAUCGGUCGAGCACCUGCACGAAUGCCUGAGCGCCUGCCCCGACCUACGGGACCUAUUCGUGACAUAUGGUAGGCUCCCGCCAGCUCCCGCAAGUCAGCCCCAGCGGAUUUCACUCGUCACUCUACCCAAACUCACCUACCUCACCGUGGUGAUGAAUUACAACCACUUGGUUCGCUUCCUCGACGGUCUCGACGUCGCAGCGUUGGUGAAGACCGACAUCGUGCCGGACUGCAACCAGGGAGACGAGGAGAGUCGCACGUUGCACCCUCAUGAUGAGCGCGUGAAGCGUCUCAUCUCUUGCAUUGUACAGUUCGUCAGCCCCCUCCUGCACCGCCGCCAUUGCCGCCGCGUCGAGUUUCGCGACAGCUUGACGUUCUACGGAGACGAGUUCGAUGACAUGCACGAGUGGCUCUGCCCCGAGGACAUGAUCGCGACGAUCGGGUUCCCCAGUCUUGGUGACCGACAAUCCGGUGUACUCGACUUUGCACGAGAGGUUGCAUUUGGUGUCGUCGCGAACCAUUCGACUCUGGAAUCGCUAAACGUCGUUGUCCCGACCUUUCGCUACGACAAGGGCUGGACCACGGACCGUCACCUUCCCAUCAACCUAUCUCGGGCCGCCUUCGCACAGAUAGAGAGUGCCGUCGUUGCCGCUCUUUUCACGCCAGAAGUGUGGUCGGACGCCAGUGGCGGACUUUUACCAAUGCUGCGUGACAUCCGUAUUCGCUGCAUCUCAGACGCUCUGCAACCGGUCGCUGUACGUUCGAUUGCCAGGUGCCUCGAGAUCUUUCAGGCUAAAGCCGGACACGACAUCAACGUGGAGCUCGUGUGCCACCAGUUGGAAGGCUUUGUCGUGGCUUUAAACGACUCUGGAGAGCAGCCGUGGACAAACCCAAAUGUGGGCCCCCCAGCGAAUAUGGAUGGCCGCGUGUCCGACUUCCCUCCACCCAAAGCUUCCGAUCUGGCUGUCACUGUCGUCCAGGCCCUGCGACGUCCUGCUAUCAAAGUCCGAGUCAAGUACGUGUGGCGCCAGGCAUGGGAAGAAGUCUGA